AUGCUUCGAAUCGCCAUGCUUUGUUUUCUUGUCCUGCAGGUAGUGACGUCAGAACCACCACCUUUAAAAUGUGGACCUGCUCCUAAACUGAAAAAUCCUUUAGAUUGUUGCCCACUUCCAGAAGUUUUCAAAGAAGAGGAUUAUAACGAAUGCGGUUUAAAAAUUUAUUUUGAUGAUGACGGAAAAGUAGAAAAUCGAACAAUGGAGGAAUACUGUAACAAACUAAAAUGUUUACUAAAUAAAUACAAUCUCAUGAAAGAUGAGACCAGUGUAGAUAAAGAAGCUGUCGGUACAUUCAUGGACAAGUGGGCUGAUACUAACGAAGAUUUUAGAGAUGCAGUAGAAAUAGCUAAAAACAAAUGUUUGAAAGAAGAUCUAUCAAAAAUAUUUGAGGAGGGUUAUGAAUUGUGCCAGCCUAGUAUAUUCGUAUACUGUACUAGCGUUACUGUAUAUUCGAACUGUCCAAUUUGGAAAGAUAUGCAAAUAUGCAAAGAUGUCAAAGAAUUUAUGGAUGACUGCAAACCUUUCUUCCCA